UUUAUAUCUAAAAGAUAGAGCCCUACUUUAAUUGUCUACCAGAAAACUGUACAGAGUAUAGUGGCAGUCACAUGUUUGCUAGUGUGUUCUAGAAGUGGACAAAUACUUUGUGAAAUUAUAAAAGCCUAUAAAAUGAAUGUAUUUUCAUUAUCUCUUCUGCUGAUUUUAUUACCUGGCUGUAUCAUGAUGUCAAUGGUAGAGGGUACCCAAAAAUCUAAAGCUGAUGAAGCUGAGCUACCUUUGUACUGGGGUUGGUUUGUAAAACCUGAGUAUUCUUCCAGUUUCUUGAGCAGAAGCCGGAAACUUUUGGCAGACACUCUACAAGAUAUUCCAGAUUUCUUAAAAGAUGUACAGAACUUUACUCAAAAAGUCUAUAUUUCUGAUAUCUUAUUACACUACACAAGGGAAAAGCCAGAAGAAGUGCUUCACUGCACAGCAAUGUUCAAUGGUGUUUAUCCAAAUUACAGCCCUGGGGCUGAAGAAUACUCUGAAAAACAACAGGUGAAGGAUAGUGUAAACCAAGUUUCUACCCUGCAUUCUAUUGGCUGGAUAUUGACACCUCGCACCUUCGGUGCCCGUAUUAAAUUGACAAAUGAUCAACUCUUGCUUUGGAAUCAAAACGACACGGAAGGAAACCCUCCGCAAUCGGCAGUGAAUGCAAAGAAGCCAACCUCUCCCGUUACCCAUUACCAAAGUCAAACAGUCUUUAAGGAAAACACUACAAAUCAAGAUCCUGACGUUAUGGGAAAUUUUCAGCCAACUUCCGGUUUUGGCAGCAAAGCUCAUUUGACAUUAGGCUGCUCGCCUGGAGUCGGGGCUGUUACGACAGGUUACGAUCUUGUCGAUCUGAUUCGUUUGGAAGGUAUCAAUAGUAGCGAAGUAAAGACUUACGAUCUGUCAAAUGGAGGGUGGUUAAGAAAUUACGGGGAAGGACAGUGGGUUUUCUACCCAACCAAACAGUUUUUGCUAGAGAGUACCUUUCUUGGUUAUGAUAGCGGAACUCGUGGACUAGAAGCAUCGCUUGCUUUACUUUGUCUCUUAUGUUCCUCUGUUAUAAUUUCCAUGUUCAAAGAGCUAUCGUAAAUGUGGUUCUAACAGAAAGCAUUGUAGGUUUUGGCUUGACGUUUACUUUUCGUGGCAUGUCAUGUGAUUGAUUGUGAGGAAAUAACAUUAGAAAGGGGUACAAAUGUG